AUGUUUAUGUGUCGGUGCUGUAAUUGGGCAUAUCCUGAUAAGACAAGCUUACAUAUACAUAUGCAAAGUAUGCUGCGGAAUGGUACUCCUGGUGAUGUUUCUGUCCUUGCUAGAAGUUCCAGCGAUGGUCCCGGAAUGGCUGGAGUCGUGGGAGAAAUGUCUCCAAGAGAACUUGAAGGAAGCCCAUCAGUAAGUCCUCCAGAAGCCUGUGGAAAUGAAUCACCGCCAGGCGAACAAACACAUGUUAAAAGUUCAUUAUUUGGUAAUGGUAAUGGUUUAUUGGACAGAUCCAUAUUUCCGGCGACGCUUAAUAAUACCGAUAGUUUAUUUCGAUUUGUAGCCAAGCGGGUUUUCAUACAUUGCAGUGCAUUUCUUGAUGAUGAUGCGAUUGUAGGCCGAAUGGGCCUCCUGAAAGAGGUUCUAGGUGUCAGUUGUCAACCAGUUCCAUUUAACGCUGCUCAAGCUCUCGGCGUUCCCGAAAUAUUGGAUCCAGAUAAUUUGCUGACACAAAUAAACACAGAUAGCAGUGGUCAAAAUAGUUGGCUGACAGCAUGGUUGGCAAAUAAUGCUUUUACUGUGGCGCCUUUCAAUUCUACCAAUUUGUUGGCAGUGACAAGCAAUGCAGAAAGUAUAAAUUUGCAAAAAGAGGGAACGAUAACGACAAAUAUAGCUCUAAAAGUAGAAUCGAAGGAGGAUGAGCAAAAUUCAAAUAGCAUUGAUGUCAGUGUUGCUAAAAGCACCUCACUUGCAUCGCCAAGUAAAACACCAAAUUCCACCUCUUCUUCACAAGAAUGUAAGCGAUCGGUAAAUGGAAGCUCACUGGACGAUUUACUUGAAAAGAAAGGCUUAAGUGUUACUCGAAAUCAUCGAAAUAAACGGAAAGCCAGCAAUCCUCAGCAACUACGGGCAUCAACAGCUUUUGUCGCUGCAGAUGAUGAAGACGAUGAAGGAUUUGCCACACUACCGCGAAAGCAGAAUAUCAUUGAUACAAAUAUCAAAAUAGACGAAUGUGGUAAAUUACUCAACAACGGUAGCAACGGUAGCCUUCCUCUAACAGCAACAGCAAUAGCAACAACAGUAAGCAGAACAACUCCAAAUGGUGUUACACUCGUGGAUGCUUCCACUAGUCCUAUUAAGAGCUGUGAUUGCACGUUUGUUACAUAUGUUGAGAUUCUCAUGCACAAAUAA